CUUAUAAAGUAGACAGACCGUCAGAAGGUUUAUAAAGUAGGCAGACAGUUCGUGUGGCCACAGUGUUGACGGUAGUGUUCGCUCAUCUUGAAAUCACCUAAACUUCCAAACGACAAGCCAAAAUGUCCGGUUUAGAAGGCCAAGAGCUGGUUGAGUUUUUUGACGUCAACGGCUACGUGUCAGGGCUGAAUGUUCUGGAUGAAAAAGAAACUUUGGAAGUCAGGGCCAACUUCGACAAAGUUCAGAACGAAAUUGGAGAAGAAAACGCCACCUACUCCCUCCACAACAAACACCUGACGGACGAGUGGGUUCUGAGGCUUGCCACACACCCCAACAUGCUGAAACCACUCAAGACUCUACUGGGGCCGAACCUGUUCCUACUGGACUCACGAUUUAUCUGCAAAUAUCCCGUGUCGGCUGCUGAGGAAAAGGAGGCUUUUGUGGCCUGGCACCAAGAUGUCAGGUACUGGGGAGUAGAGGGUGACGUCAUCAGUGUGUGGAUGGCCAUUGACGACGCUGACGUAGAAAAUGCCUGCAUGUUUGUUAUACCAGGUACCCACAAGUCCGGCCUGCUGGAGCACGUGUCUGAGACCAAAGAAGGGAACCUGCUGACCUCCAACCAGUCCAUCCCCGAGCAGCUCUUCGACGCCACCCAGGCCGUCCCCUGCCCCCUGAAGGCCGGGCAGAUGUCCCUGCACCACGGGCACCUGGUGCACGGCAGCGGCACCAACAGGUCGCCCCGCCGCCGGUGCGGCUACGUCAUCAGAUACGUCUCCACCGCCGCCAAGCCCAUCGAAGACCCGGACCGCCCAAGGUCGUUCCCUGCAACCGUGUUGGUGUCAGGGGUCAACGAGCCAGAAAAUUUUGAGGACCACUCCCCCGACUGGUUCAGCUGGAGCAGCUAAUGUAGGACCACUUGAGGACCACUGCCCGACUAAUGUAGGACCACUUUGAGGACCACUCCCCGACUAAUGUAGGACCACUUUCAGGACCACUCCCCGACUAAUGUAGGACCACUUUCAGGACCACUCCCCGACUAAUGUAGGACCACUUUGAGAACCACUCCCCGGAAUGGUUCAGCUGGAGGAGCUAAUGUAGGGACACUUUGAGGACCAUUCCCCCGACUAAUGUAGGGACACUUUGAGGACCAUUCCCCCGACUAAUGUAGGGACACUUUGAGGACCAUUCCCCCGACUAAUGUAGGGACACUUUGAGGACCAUUCCCCCGACUAAUGUAGGGACACUUUGAGGACCAUUCCCCCGACUAAUGUAGGGACACUUUGAGGACCAUUCCCCCGACUAAUGUAGGGACACUUUGAGGACCAUUCCCCCGACUAAUGUAGGGACACUUUGAGGACCAUUCCCCCGACUAAUGUAGGGACACUUUGAGGACCAUUCCCCCGACUAAUGUAGGGACACUUUGAGGACCAUUCCCCCGACUAAUGUAGGGACACUUUGAGGACCAUUCCCCCGACUAAUGUAGGGACACUUUGAGGACCAUUCCCCCGACUAAUGUAGGGACACUUUGAGGACCAUUCCCCCGACUAAUGUAGGGACACUUUGAGGACCAUUCCCCCGACUAAUGUAGGGACACUUUGAGGACCAUUCCCCCGACUAAUGUAGGGACACUUUGAGGACCAUUCCCCCGACUAAUGUAGGGACACUUUGAGGACCAUUCCCCCGACUAAUGUAGGGACACUUUGAGGACCAUUCCCCCGACUAAUGUAGGGACACUUUGAGGACCAUUCCCCCGACUAAUGUAGGGACACUUUGAGGACACUCCCCGACUAAUGUAGGACCACUUUGAGGACCACUCCCCGACUAAUGUAGGACCACUUUGAGGACACUCCCCGACUAAUGUAGGACCACUUUGAGGACCACUCCCCGACUAAUGCUGGAAAUCACAAAAUGUUUAAAAAUAUACUAGAUUAUUUAUUUAUUUAUUUAUUGUUCGCCAUUAAUUUAUUAUUUCUGAAAUAGCAUUAGUGCUGUUUAUCAUGAUUGUAGCGUUCGCAUGCUUUUAAUUUUAACAUGUAAUACCACUAUUUCAUCUCAAAUAACGUUUUGUUUUCAUCAUCAUUACCACCAUCACUACCAUCACCAUCAUCAUCAACGUCACCACAACAACCACCGCCAUCAUUAUAAUCAUAGUCGUCAUCAACAUCAUUACCACAAUCAUCAUCGUCACCACUACUACCAUCGCCACCACCAUCAUCAUAAUCAUAGUCUUCAUCACCAUUAUCAUCAUCAACGUCACAACCACCACCACCACCACCACAAUCAUCAUCAUCACCACUACCAUGAUCUCGAGUCAGUCCAAUGCGAGAAAUAUCUGACCGCAGCUUUUAUCUACUUUCUACGCUUGAUUGCAAUCACUGACCAAAGGAAUGGUUCCUUACUGAUGUAGCUUGUAUGGUCAUGUAGUGAAUAAAGAAUUGAUUCCC